UGUCGACCGGUGAGCAUAAAAUAAAGGAAGGAAUUUUGGUGAGAUGGAAGAAAUAUUAGUUAAGCAUGUCAGAAAUAUUAACGGCCACCGAAUUCAUAUGAAACAGUAAGUAGUAGUGAAGACUGAAGAGAGAGAGAGAGAAAGAUGGAAGAACACAUAGCAUGCAGCAGUGAGCUUGCAGGUGUUAAUAUAAUUUCAAGCUGGUGCUUCCUAAUCGGCUUGUUGGUGACGCUGAAGCACUUGAUCUCCCUUUCCAAAUGGAUCUUCGCCACCUUUCUCAGAUCCCAAAUAGACCUAAUCAGAACCUACGGUUCCUGGGCCAUGGUCACCGGAGCAACCGACGGAAUCGGAAAAGCCAUGGCUCACCGCUUAGCACACCGAGGACUCAACAUCAUCCUCGUCAGCAGAUCCUCCAAGAGGCUCCAAACCGUCGCAACUGAACUCCAAGCACACCACCCUCACAUCCUCGUCAAGGCCAUCCAGAUGGACUUCUCCGGCGACAUAGCGGAGGGUCUCCGGCAAAUAGCGGCGGCCACACGCGAAUUGGACCUCGGGAUACUGAUCAACAACGUGGGGAUCACGUACCCUGGGGCUAUGUUCUUUGACCAAGUGGAAGAGAAGGUGUGGAGGAAGAUCUUAAAGGUGAAUGUGGAAGGAACGACGAGGGUGACGAGAGCGGUGGUGGCCGGAAUGAUGGAGCGGAGAAGAGGUGCAAUCAUCAACAUUGGAUCUGGUGCUUCCGUCGUCAUUCCUUCGCAUCCUCUCUAUUCCAUCUAUGCUGCUUCAAAGGCUUACGUGGAUCAGCUAUCAAGAUCUCUGCACGUCGAGUACAAACAGUAUGGGAUUCACGUCCAGUGUCAGGUACCACUUUAUGUAGCAACGAAGAUGGCAUCAGAGAUAGCAUGUAUAGAGAAAGAUUCACUUUUCAUUCCAACACCAGAGGCUUAUGCAAAAGCGGCCGUUCGUAAAAUUGGGCAUGGGCCAAGGUGCACUCCUUAUUGGGCUCACUCUAUUCAGUGGUUCUUUGCAGGCUUAGCCCCGGACCCACUUCUCGAUGCUUGGCGCUUUUCUAUCGCAAUGCGCCGCUGGAAAGGAAUCUAAUAAUCGUACCUCAGCUAAUCCUAUAUAUUAGGAAAAUUAUUUGAUAAAUAUUACAAACUUCAAAGUGUAUUCUACAUCUUACUUAUAUGGCGCAUAAUACCUAUUUGUAUAGGGCUCUA